CUCUGAUAGAGCUACACGGGAGGGGGGGGAGGAAUGUGAGUCGUAUGCGAAGAUUGUCGGAAAAGACGAGGACGAAGUGGUGACUGUGACGGCCAUGAGUGGGUCAUUUUGCCGUUUAGUUGCAUCCCUGCGGAUGUUGGGCGGCUCACAACCCUGGAGGCCUUUCGUCAGGCCCCUGAGUCAAGGUGGAGUUGGUUCCAGCAACGAGGGAGAUAGUUCGAAUAGUGGGUCGAAGGAAGCAGUGGAGCAGUUGGUGCGCGCCCACCCGGUGGUGGUUUUUAUGAAGGGUAGCCCAGACCAGCCCCAGUGUGGUUUCAGCAAUGCAGUGGUGCAGAUUCUGCGCCUCCACGGCGUCAAUGAUUAUCGCGCCUACGACGUCCUUCAGGACUCCAAACUCCGGCAAGGAAUUAAAAAUUAUUCCAACUGGCCUACUAUUCCUCAAGUUUUCCUCAAUGGUGAAUUUGUCGGCGGCUGUGACAUACUUCUUCAGAUGCAUCAAAGUGGAGACUUAGUGGAAGAGCUGAAGAAAUUAGGAAUUCGAUCUGCACUUCUGGAUUCAGAGAAUGAUCGUGGCAAAAAAUAAAGAAGCUGCUGUGACUUUGAAAAAGACAGCUAUUGUUAAUUUGGUACCAGAAAAGCCUUAUGUAAUUUAGCUCAAGAAGGAAAAACAAUAAGGUUUCUCAUUAAGAAUUCUCUUGUCCAUUGUUCAAUAUAAUAGGUUGAUAUAUAUGUAUUCUGUGAUGAACAUUUCUAUAACCACAGCAAUGUAAAUCAUCUGUUUCACAAUCAAAAGUAAAUAAGUAGUUUGCUUCUGUUAUGCACUAUGUUGU